CAAAUGAAAUGAAACGUCAUAAAUUGUAAUCGCGGUGUUGUGGUUAUUGUUGCCGCUUAAUUUGUUUUAUGUUUGUGAAUUAGACAAAUAAUUAAAACAAAAUGAAAGAGCCUAAAUCUACACAGUCUGCAAUAGAGGAUUUAGCUGAACUACGAAGUUAUUUCGCUUCACACAACCUAGUUCGGGAAUACGUAGCUCAUUCUUCGAAAGUACAUUCGGUUGGAUGGUCUUGUGAUGGUAGACGGCUGGCCUCGGGGUCUUUUGACAAAAGCGUUGCUAUAUUUACUCUUGAGAGAAAUAGACUGGUCCAAGACUUUAUAUUCAGAGGUCACACUGGGUCAGUAGACCAGCUCUGCUGGCACGCUUCACAUCCUGACCUGUUGAGUACUGCUAGUGGAGACAAAUCAGUUAGAAUAUGGGACACAAGGACACACAAAUGUGCGGCCACCAUAGCUACGAAAGGCGAGAACAUCAACAUAGCCUGGUCGCCCAACGGCAGCACCAUAGCAGUCGGCAACAAGGAGGAUCUAGUAUCCUUUAUUGACACCAAGACUUAUAAAGUAGUUGUAGAAGAACAGUUUAACUUUGAAGUGAAUGAGAUCUCAUGGAAUAACACAUCUGACUUAUUCUAUCUCACUAAUGGAUUAGGCUGUGUUCAUAUAUUGUCCUACCCAUCCCUGGAGCUCCAGACAGUGCUGAAGGCGCACCCGGGCACGUGCAUCUGCAUCGAGCACGAUCCCACGGGCCGGUACUUCGCCACGGGCUCCGCUGACGCGCUGGUGUCGCUGUGGGAUGUUAACGAGCUUGCUUGUCUGAGAGUGUUCUCUAGACUAGAAUGGCCGGUGCGUACACUAUCGUUCAGUUUCGACGGGCGCAUGCUCGCGUCCGCCAGUGAAGAUCAUAUCAUUGAUAUUGGAGACACUGAGACUGGUGAGAAGGUAGCAGAGAUCCCGGUGCUGGCGUCGACGUUCACGGUGGCGUGGCACCCGUCGCGCUACGUGGUGGCCUUCGCCUGCGAGGACAAGGAGCCGCCCGAGCGCAAGCGGGACGCCGGCAACCUCAAGCUCUGGGGACUGCCUAAUAAUAGCUAGAUAUAGAAUAUUAUGGCGAUUAAGUAAAAAAAAAUUGUGAAAAAAAAAUAUUUUUGACGAAGAAAUUUGAUUUUUUACUAAAAAAAUGGGAUUUUUUACGAAAAAGAAUAGGAUUUUUGACCAACAAAAAACAGAAUCUUUUGACCAAAAUAAUCCAGUGGAAAUGACAAAAACAUUUUAAUUCCCACUGGCUUAAAUUUUAAAGUAUUUUUCAAGUAUCCAUGGGCGUUAGGGUGUAUCUACACGGUGCAAGUUGAGGCACAUGCGCAGGCUACAUACAUUUUAAAAACUACGGGUCCAGCGACUCGCGCAUGUACCGAAGCACAAUACUCACCCGCGUGCUCUUGUCACGCGGCGCAUGUUAACUUGCGCCAGCUACAUGCACCGUGUACACGCACCCUUAAUUUUGUAUGUGCUUUUGUAUGUGCUAACAAAACCAAGAAAUAUAUGACUAGCAAAUACGAAUUUAUCGUCAAAUAUCGAAGUUUUUCAAAUAAAACCUAAACAACAAUGUUCAGAGUUUAGUUAAAGGAAUAAUUAUUGUGUUCUGCAUUUUUAGAUGAUAUUGUAACAAUAUUUUUUUGAAAAAAUAGUAAUAUUAAGUUAGGUAUUAGAAAACUUUGUAAAUAAGUGUGUU